AUGGUCAAAGUAGCAGAGAACAGAGUGGUUGAUCUUGACCUGUUUCCAGGCAAUCCCACCGGCGACAAGCUUGGGGAACAAACCAAAGCUGCAAUUGCCGGCAAAGUGCCUCAGGGCGAAGCUCAAGGAAUCUCAUCCAAUACCCAAAGCGCGGUAACUGCCCUCGGAGGCACCGUCGGUGGCGGAGUCAAAGGAGUGGUUGACACCCUCGGAAACACGGUUGGAGCACUCAGUGAAGGCCUGACUGGCACGGUCCAAGGUGUAGGCGACGGCGUUGGAAGCACUGUACAAUUCGCAGGAGGUGCUCUUGGUGCCGGUGCCGGCAAAAUAGGCGGCAUGUUCACGGGAAACAAAGGAAGUGAAGAUGCCAUCGAAGCCCACAAAGAGAGAUUGCAGGAUGCUGCGCACGACUCGGAAGAGAUCACGUCCGAGUUGAAGGGCACCGUUGAGGAACACAGCAAAGAUGCGAACGCUGCUGCAAAGGAAACGGUUCAUGAUACCGCGAAGUCUGCUGGUGGAUUGGCACAGGACGGCAAAGACAAGGUGGCAGGAGUUUCAUCUUCCUCGUCAUAG